CUCUUCACAUCGAAAGUCGUAAUGAGAAAUAUGCUGACGCCGUACGUGUGGCACUUUUUAGGCAGUGUCCUUUGCAUUAUCAUUAUUUUACAACAGUGAACAAUUCAGAUGGCAAUCCAAGAUUUUCAAACAGAGGCUCAAGUAGUACCGAAAGUGGUACCUCAAGUGGCAGUGGCACCUCCACUAGUACCUCAGGUGGUGAGUUGAACCCUGGUUUGCCUACCCUGGCGUCGGCCCUCGAGCUUCGAUGCCCAAAGAAGAGGAUUAGUUGAUUCAGGCUUUGUGUUGUUGAAAAUGGAAAGGUCAAUAUUUGAUCUACAUCUUCAAUCAAGUGAGUUUAUUUUUAACAAUUUGACAAAUCAAUUUGAGCGCCGAAAAGAAUCUCUUGCGAGUUGAAUUUUUAUUAUUAACGGAAAUGAUCUUGGCACUUUUGGGGGUGGUGCGAUUUGGGGGUGCGGCGCGUGAGGGCGCGUCGGUCGCCUUUGUUGUUUCAGGACCAGGCGAGUCUCAGUUCUCAGUACCCAGUCGGCUGCGGUUGCGAGCGGCCAGCGUGAGAGCGACGAUGGCGGGACGCGUGUGGGACGUCGGCCUCGUUUGAACCCGAAAUAUGAUUUUUUUCGUCCUGAGCCUCGCGCUGCUCCUCGGGGCCCGUGGGGCCCCCCUCGACCGCUGCCCUGAAGACGCCCUGGCAGGUCGCGGCGACGAGGCCCUCGUCACCCUCAGACACGCCUCCUUCGACCCUGCGCAAGGAGUUGUCGCUGGAAUCACCUACCAAGUGCACGUUGAGUGGGGGAAGAGAAGCGUCUGGCCCGUGAUUGUGUUGGUGCAGCCGUUUGGGCCCGCGGGCGUCGCUUUCCAGACGUUGAAGGAUCAAAGUUGGCCCGCGUGUGGCGACGGCGUGAUUUCGGCCGUCCCCGCCGACGCCCAGCAACUCUCAAUCGCGUGGAGCUUUUCGCACACGCCCGACUCGCCCGCUAAUCUCACCUUCAGAGUUGGCUUGUUCGAUUCGAAAUCGCCUUCGGACUGGAGAAAACCGAUCGCCUCGGGCCGAGUGCAGACCCGCGUCCUCUCAGAAUGCAGCCUGAGCGGUGUGAGCGAGCACGGCAACCUGAGUUGGACGGCGCUGGAGGCGGCGCCGGCCCUGCACCCUGACUGCACCUUCACCAUUCCGAAGCCACCCUCGCGUCGGGGGUUGUUGGUGACCCUGACGCGGCUCAACAUCGCCGGCGCCCCUGACGAGUGCCAGGACGCCUUCCUGCAGGUCGGUGACGCUCGUCUCUGCGGCAAACUCGAGGAGCAGAAACGCACCCAGGUCUACCGACCUGACCCUGAAGGUGCCGGACUGGCGGUCAGGGUGCACGCGGCCCGCCAGCGCGGCCUCCCCGUGCACUUCGCCUUCACCUUCAGGGCCGUCGACGCGUGUUACAACCUGACGCUCACCAAGCAAAAUGCCACCUUUGUCACUCAGGUGGCGUCCGACCUGAGUUGCUCGGUCAAUAUACACGUCGCCUAUGGCUACAGAGUGGCCCUGAGCUUGGAGCUGCGACCUGCUGAGCACAAUGAAGUUUUGGAAGCAGAAGAUGAGAAUCUCUGGGAUGAGGUUCUUCUGGAUGAUGAGUACACCUCAGAGGACGAAACAUGUCACGGCCUGCAAGUUCGCAUUUCUGGGCCGGACGGCGAGUUUUGGACGCAGUGCGCGUCCCAACUGGGGCCAAUCGUGCGUCUGAUCGGCCGGUCGAACCAAUUGCUGAUCACCGUCGCCACCAUCAACCCCCUGGACACCAUUUCCCAACUCCACAUGAGGUACUUUUCGAUCGCCCGUCCUGAGCUGACUGCAGAUUGUCCCGGCUACGGCUGGACGAGUGUUUCGGACGCGAGUUGCGUGUGGCCGCAGCUUGAAAGGGCGCUGCCGUGGGCGCAGGCGGCCAAGGAGUGCGCGAGGAAGGGCGCUCACCUCGUCGUCGUCGACUCAGCCCACACGCAGACCGCCCUGGACGCAAUCUUGACGCAAAGCCCUUUGUACUCUGAGGAUUCAGCCUUCUGGCUCGGCGCGACGGACCGAAUUCGCGAGGGAAAUUUCCAUUGGAGCGACGGCCAACCGCUUUCCUACACAAACUGGUUUCCGGGCUGGCCUGAGUUUUCGCACUACAACAAGCAGCCCUCAGACGACGGUCUUGGUGAGCAGGACUGCGUCGAAAUGCGUCGCUCGUUCUUGCUUCCUGGCUCCGUCGCCGCGAAACUGGCGCCGAACCUCAUGUGGAACGACAGGGACUGCGCCGCCUCAAACUUCUACGUCUGCCAAAUCCACAAACCGGGAGCUUCGGACGCAGCGGAGAGCCGGACGGCGUCGCCUCCAAAGCGCGAGGAGUCGUGCAACCGAAACAUCACCCUGGGUCGCGACCUGGGCCUGAGUUCUUCGGCCGUGGUAACCAGCCCUGGCUUCCCCCACUCCUACCCUGACAACGUGCGCUGCCUCACCAGGGUCUUCGCACCUCAGGGCUAUCACGUCGUCAUCGACUUCGAGGAACUCGUCCUAGAGAAGGAACCAAUGUGCACAUACGACUUUCUGGAGAUUUCUGAGCCGGAGGAGGAGGAGGUGGCGGCGCGGCGAUUGUGCCACGACUGGAGCGGCAAACUGAAGCUGCUGCGCCACACCAGCAGGGGUUCGCAGCUUCAACUUCUCUUCUCCUCAGACUAUUCGCACCGCUUCGCCGGAUUCAAGGCCCGCGUUUUCAUGGAAAACGACGAGGUCGAGUGCACAGAGAGCCGUGAGAUAAACUUCAACAACUCGUGCUACCUGUUCAUCGGCUUCCCGGAGGUCACGUGGAGCACCGCCAGACAAGUUUGUCGCGGCAUCAAUGCCGAGCUGGCGAGCGUGCACUCGAGCGACGAGAACGCCUUCCUCGUCUCGGCCGUUCGCAACUCGGAGCAUUAUUCGGCAAACUCGUUUUACUGGCUCAGCGGCCGAAUCGACGCCGACAAACUCGGCUGGACCGACAACUCGAAGGCCUCCUUCACAGCUUGGCCGGUGGGGUUGGAGGGGGGAAAGGAGGAGCGGUGUCUGGCCGUGGGUUGGCAGGCGUCGCCAGCCGCAGGAUUAUCCAGCGGACUUUACUGGCAGGCCCAAAGAUGCUCUCUCGUCGGCGGCUACGUCUGUCAAAGGAGAAUCGCAGAUCGUUCGGCCUCUUUGAGGGGCAACUCGAGCGUGGAGGGCUCUUCAGGCGUGCUCGAGUCACCAAACUUUCCACUGGCCUAUCCGCCAAACGCUGAUUACUGGGUCAGAAUCGUCGGCCCGGCCCAGUCGCGCCUUGUCGUCUCGUUCAAGCAGCUUGACCUGGAGCCGCAGAACGAGUGUCUUUACGACUUCAUCGCGUUGUGGAACGCAGCAGAGUCCGAACCUAUGAACACCCACUGCGGCACAAAGUCAGCCGAAGAGCUCAAAACGAUGCGUUUUGUUUCCACGACGAAUGUGAUGCUGGUGCAUUUUCACUCGGACUUUUCCAACUCGGCGUCCGGCUUUUCCCUUGAGUGGAAGGCCGUGCCCCUGGCCGCGUGCCCUGAGCAAACCCUGACGGCCAAAGAGGGCACCAUCGAGUCGCCCAACUACCCUGACUUCCUGCUCACCAGCCUCGACUGCACCUUCAACAUUCUGGCCCCAGCGGGAAAACGGGUGUGGCUGCAUUUUGAGGCGUUCUACGUCGACUCGCAGCACAGCAGCGUGGAAGUGUCGCUGGGCAACGGCGCCACCUUCCAGCCCUUCCAACUGAAGCACCUGGCCAGCGACGGCACCUUCCUUUCCGAAGGUGAAAAUCUGCAGAUCCGCCUCCGAACCUCAAGCUCGGAUUCGGUCAUGAAGAGCCGCGGAUUUCGUGUCGUCUACUGGACACUGAGCCAAGUGGACGAGGAGCAGAUCAUCAGGGUGGCGCCGAACGAGACGCUGCGACUUUUGCCGCUCAACUGGCCGGAAAUGGCACCCGAGCCAGAUGAAGAAUUCAAAUUUGCUCAAAAACUGAUUGCUCCUUUGGGAUACACAAUUAAGGUGACGCUGUUUGGUCUGCAAGUGGCGCAGUCGGGCAGCGCUGACUUUUGUCUGGAGGCGCAAGACUUUUAUUCGGACUCUAAUGGGACUUCUUGGUUUUUGUGCCGCUUCGAGAACGUCAGCGCCCCCGUCACCCUCACUUCGUACCUGAACACUCUACUGCUCACUCAGAAUGGUGGAGACUUUCUCAACGCCAGCGUUACUGUUGAACAAGACUUGGGUCUGCGUCAGAAACUGCUUUCGCCCUCUUUGGGGUCGGGGGUGGACUCGUGCAGCCCCGACCCCUGUCAAAACGGCGGCCAGUGCAUUGCCUCGAGCAGCUUAAAGCACAAAACCCGGCCCAACACGUGCCGCUGCCCCGGCCACUUCACAGGUCCGUUGUGCGCCCUGACCCUGUGCGACCUGUCGCCGUGCAUGUUCGGGACGUGCGAACUGACCGCGGGCAGCUUCAGGUGCGACUGCCAGGCCGGCUACAGGGGCACCAACUGCGAGGUCAAGCACCGCCCCUGCCUCGACAACCCGUGCGAGGGGAGGGGCGAGUGCGUCGAGAGGCCCGGAGGGGAGGGCUUCGCCUGCAGGUGCCACGCGUGGUGGGAAGGUUCUCGAUGCGAGCGGCGCAUGAUAAAAAUCCCGUUCAAACCGCUUUCGGAGCGGAUGCUGCAGGAGCCCUUCUGGUUAGGGUUGAUCACUGUCAUGAUAGUUUUAGUUUGCAUUGGCCUUGUGUGGUGUGCGAAACGACAUUUCCCCGAGAAAUUAGAGAAGUUGUUAGCGGAAGAGGCAGAUCGAACUAGAACUAGCUAUGCGUUGUCGACGUCCACGUCGGCGGCGGGCGGCAUGGCCUGCAGUCCGGUGGGGGCGCCGCGCAAUUCCCUGCUCGGCCGCCUCGGCAUCCGAAAGCCGUCGCUGCUCAGUCUCGCCCCGUCCAGCCCCAAGGACGGAUCCGCCCCGCGCACGUUUAGUCUUGACGACCUGCUCAGACGGACGCCGAGUCCAAGAAAGAAAAGAACCAAUUCGACGCCGACCAGAAAACCCAUCGACAAAAAGCACAUUCUGCAGCAACUCGUGACGCCCACUGGCGCCGGCAGCACCAUGUCUGUCAACUCGGCCGUCGAAGUCUCCAGAAAGGUGAGCCUCGGCGAGUUGAUUCAAAUGAGUGACAAAAACCGGAGAACCAAAAGCGAGGAGGGACCGGCGCCGGCCGAAGCUGAAACUUCCCUUGACGCAGACACCAAAAUGGAGAAAAAGGUGACCUUUGCCCGCUUGCUGGACAAGGUCUCGGCCGAGAUGAGUUCAGGGUCGGGCUCAGGGUCGCCGCCGGCCCAGAAGAAGAAACACCUGCACGCCCAAGGAGCAGUUUCGCAACCUGACAGCGGCAGCGAGGACGUUUCGACGACCUUCUCAGGGUCCGACCCGACCUUGCCCUGCACCAGUCGCCGCCUCCUCCCCUCCAGAGGCACCCGCCUCUCGCGCAUGUCCAGCGCCGACUCCAUCCUUGCCAUGUUCAGGACGACCUUCAACGCCAAGACGUCGCAACCUUCGACGCCGUCCAGCCCGCAGGACGUCAGCGCCGACGAAUCUUCGGCAGUCCCCACCCCUGCCUCUUCCAGUGCCCCAGACUCGCCCAUGUCCAUUCAUCACUCAACCACCAUUGAAGUUCCAGUCAUCAGUUCAGGAGGAAACAGUUCUUCCCUUCAGCACCCUCCAACUAUCCUUUUGGAAAUCCCCACCAUUGAGUAUGGAAAGUGUUUGUCCCCAAUUAAGGAGAUGCCAACGCCCAUUCCGUCACCUGCACCCACUCCCCUCCUCGCCCCCCGCCGUAACAACAGCAAGGAGAGGGUAGACGAUGAGGAUGAGGCCCUCAGGAUCGAGGUCCUGAACCCUAGUCCGGUGACCUCGCCCUCUACCCCCACCCUGAAAGGCCUCUCAGUAACGUCGACGGCCACCCUGUUGUCUCCGAGCAGCGCCAAAAUGCUCAGGAGCACUCCCCCCUCUACCCUGCAAAUCCCCACCAUCUGCUUCCCUGACGACGAGCAGCAAGCCCCGCCCCUUGUCAUCCCAGUCUUGAUGGUGCAAACUCCCUCGCCGCCGACCCUGCCGUCAGGGUCGCCGCCCCCUCAGGGUAAGAGAGGUCUGACGGCCAAGAAACUAUUGCGCGACCUGAUGGCCGACAAACCAGGGUCUUUGGAGCUUCCAACGGCCCCACCCAUGAUCACCGUCACAAAUACCCUGAGUGAGUUUGAGAGCGAUGCGGACACGCCUGCCGCCGUGGGCGUCAAGGUCGCCGCUCAGGGUCCCAUGUGCUUCCUGAGUCCGUUCGCCAUGCGGGGCAACGAUCCCCGCACGGCCAGCGAGUCUAACCUGAGUUCGUCAGGGUACAGUUCGAUGGCCAGUCAGGGGCCUUCGCGGUGCGGCUCCAGCAACCCCCUGUGCCCCUCCGAACCUGAGGAGAUGACGCUCACCCCUCCGGUUCCCCCUCCACGAAAACCGUCGCCGCUGCUCAGGACGCCGGCCGUCCAGCAGGACGUCGUCGCCCAGGAUGACAACAACGCCACCACCGAGUCCAACGACGAGGGCUUCGGCACCGACCACCUUGAGGACUUCAAACUCAAGUUGCCGGCAAUCGUCGUGGAGGUCGCCGAUGGAGGCCCCGCGCACCGGAGUCCUGUCAGCUCCCGCAGCGAGAGCCCCCUGAGCGACAAGGUGACCGGCCUUGACCGCUUCUCUCCUCUCUUCUACCACAAGUCCGAGCUGCCCUACACAGACUCGGAUGGACUCUACGACUGCCCCAGCUCAGAGGUGGCGAGUGGGCAGAGCAAGGCGAGGGGAGGCAAGAAAAAGGUUCGUAGGCCGAGCAGCGCGUCGGCGGUGCAGGUGAGGGGCGGAUCGGGCCUCGGCGGGCUGCUGGAAGUCCCUUCGCCCAAGGACGCCAACGCCACGUGCUUACAAAGGUGCCACAGAAAAAGUCCCAAACGCCGCGCCGCGCGUAUUGCACCUCCCAGUAGCUCCUCCUCCUCAGAAAGUUUGAGUUCGUUCAGGGGCAACCGAGGCAGUCCGGCCCGUUCCAAGUCGUCCAAGGACAGCAGCCCCACCAGAGCUGCAGCCAAGACUGUGAAUGAGGAAGCGUCACCUGGAGAGGGUCAGGACGAGAACAACAAGCUCUGCAACGGUCCCCCGUCGACGUCGGUGACCAGGGUGGCGCGCAAAAUAUCAAGACUGAAAGCAAUUAGCCACCAGAUACGUUUUGCCCGUCAGGUUCCUGCGGCGCCUCGAGCUGAGCCUGCGGCGCCGCUCGGAGCAGCAACAGGAGACGUCUUCGCCGGCGUCGUCGCCGACGGCAGUGGCGCCGACGGUCGGCGCCACGUGCAUGUUGCGAAUGAAGGCGCGCGUCCUGGCGAGGCGGCGGAUCCACUCGCGCGGAGAAUUGGCAACUCUGCUGCUCGGCGCACAGCCGCACCAGGACUCGGACUGAACAACAAACUGCUGCGCCACACCUCGGUCUAAAUGAAAGAAAAAGCGGCGAAUAUUUUUGUAAUUCACUAUAUUUUUAUGCAUCGAACAACUUCGGCUUCUCAGUUUGCUCUUUAUUUGCUCAAAAUAAGUCUUGCAAAGAUUAUAAUCUCAUUAUUAUUAUAAUUGAACGUGCAGUAUUUUGUAAAUAAUCUAAUUGGAAUAAAAGAUGCUCAGAUAGAAAAACUAUAUAGAUGAAUUUGUGUGUUCGUCGAUAUCGUUUUGGGUCUUGAAAACUCGCUCACUUUAAGUUGUCUCGUUCGUGUCCAACGCACACAAAACUUAAUUCUGCCUAAUCAAGAACUUUCCGCUACAAGUGAAAAUUCGUCUCAUACGUUUCAUUGCUUAAAACAAAACCUUUGUAAUUUUCGUAAAUCUAUGAUCUGAUUUGCUAAAUUGAAUGAUAAUUUGUCGUUGCAAAUGUUAAGUGAACGCUUUAGUAAUAAUUAUUGUGCACAAAUCGUGUGACUCCGUCUUGAUCGCCUUAAAUUCUUCUGCCUCUGCACCGCAAUAAAAAUAAAAUGUAAAAAAAAUUAAUGCAAUACAGAACGAAAAAUGGGAACAAAAGAGUUUGCCAAGCAAUUAUGAACAAAACCGCUAAUUCUAAAAAAAAAAAAAAAUGCCGGAUAUGGGAAAAAAAUCGAUGUGUGAUGGAAACGUGCUAUUUUCUAAGCUGUUUUCACCCGUUGAAUGUUUCGCUGUUGAUCUUGAUGUGGACGGAGCUUUUCUACUUGGAUUUCUACCCCGUCUCUUUCUAUACUAAUCGACGUUUUUGCACUUGACGAUUUAAUUCGAUGUUGUGCCGUUUCAGUUAAUUAAAGGAAGUGUUACAUUAUUAAAAUCAGAUCAAA